AAGGCCAAGAAGGAAGCAGAAGAGAAGGCCCAGCAGGAGGCAGAGAAGCUGAGAAAGGAAGCAGAAGAGAAGGCCAAGAAGGAGGCAGAGGAGGCAAAGGAGAAGUUGAGAAAGGAGAUAGAGGAGAAGGCCAGGAAGGAGGCAGAGGAGAAGAAGCAAGCUGAGGAGAAGAAGGAAGCUGAGGCUAACAGGCAAAAGCUGCUGGCCCUUGCUGGACAAAUGGAGAAGGCCAAUAAAGCAAAAGCAAAAGCAGGAAAGACAGGAGAUGCUGUGGCUAAGAUGUUUGGUGGCAAAAAGUGA